UAUCUGCCACUUGUAUUUCUAAUAUAAAUAGGCCGACUAAAAACCACAGAAGUCACUUUGUGAUUAGUAGUGAAUCCAUCAAGAUGAUUUCAUUCGUGGUUGUCGUUGCCUUAGUGGCUGCUGCUAAUGCCAAUCCAAUCUCUCGCCAAGACAGUACGAUCUUCCCAAAUGGUCGCAUUGUCGGUGGUGAAAAUGCGGUGAUCGAGACCUAUCCUUACCAGAUCGAGUUACAAGUUAACGGUCGCCACCAUUGCGGUGGUUCCAUCAUUGCCGCCAACUGGGUUCUGACCGCUGCUCACUGUGUUGGUGCGCCAGCUGAAUACUUCCUUGUCCGUGCUGGUACUUCUAUUAAGAUACAGGGAGGCAGCGUCCACAAGGUCGAAGAGAUCAUCCGUCACGAGUCCUACUAUUUGAACAACGGCGUCCCAGUCAACGACAUUGCGUUGAUCCGAGUGAAGGAAGCUUUCCAGUUCGACGACACCCGUCAGCCCAUCAACCUAUUCAAAAUUGGUGAAGAAACUGCCCCAGGAAGCAAAGCAGUGAUUACUGGAUGGGGUAGCACCGGUAAGGGAUCGCCUGUCCAGCUGCAAACCGUAACUGUGCCCAUCAUCAGCAAGGAUCUCUGCAACACCGCCUAUUCGACCUGGGGAGGUAUUCCCGAAGGUCAGAUCUGCGCUGCCUACUACGGAGUCGGUGGUAAGGACGCCUGCCAGGGUGACUCUGGUGGUCCUUUAGCUGUAGACGGACGUCUGGCUGGUGUUGUCUCCUGGGGCAAUGGUUGUGCUCUUCCCAACUGGCCUGGUGUCUAUACUGAAGUUGCUGCAUUCCGCGAAUGGAUCGAGAGACACGUCGAGUUCUGAAAUAAUUUUUAAAGAAAACUGUAACGUAUUUAGUGACUUUCUGUCAAUAUGACGUCCUUACCAACGAUGGCAAGGGAUUCUGACUACCUCAUUUUUUAAUAAAAUUUAUUUUUGCUCAUUA